AUGAUGUCACAAAUCUGUCAAUUAUAAUAUUAGUAGUCGAAAUAUUAUUUAAGUGAGGUUUGCUAUUUAAAGGUUAAUAAUAUUAUUAGAUUUCACUAUAAUAUUAUUUAUUAUCUAAAAAAUAAGAAAGUUUUUGUUUUAAGCAUCAAUUUCAUGGGAAAAAAUCAAAGCAAAAAAAUAGAAGAAAGAGAGUAAAGUUUUUGUGGACUUCUUGAUUUAAAUGUAAAAUAGAUGAAUUAAGAUAUGGAAGUAUUAACCACAUUAAAUGAAUUUUUCACUAAAUCCUAAGAAUACAUUUACUUAUAAAAUCUCUCUAAUUUCACUAAAUAAAUGGCAUUCGCAUGCUACAGCUACAAGAAAAUGAAGGUUGUAGCUAUCUUGUUUAAGCAAUUUUUCUAGGAAAGUUAGGUUGAUAAUGAAAAAUCAAAAAUACAAAAUGAGUAAAUCUGCAAUUCGAUGGAUGAAAAAGCAUAGUUUUUAGCUAGUUUUAACUCAAAGGAGUCCCCUUUUAGUGUAGGCUAUGAUCUAUUUGAAGUUGAUUUAGAUGUGAUUUUAAAAUAGUAUAAAAUGGAAGAUCUUUACAUCUAAGAUUCUUCAUCCAUUAAAAAUAUGUUCAUUGAUAUUAAUGAAAGGAAAAAAUAUCAGGGAAAUUGUUUUGAUUUGAAGAGUUUUUCCAAAAAAGUUGAUUUGUUUUAGUUAAGCAUGAAUAAUGGAAACAAUCAGAGUGGAAUAAUAGUGCUCAGUAAUCUAAAUUAAUUUCUUUUAUAAUAACAAAAUAUAAUUAGCUUCACUUUCAAAUAGCAAGGAUCCAAUUUUGCCUCAAGUUCUAUCAAACAACUCCUUAAUAUAAUAACUAAUAACAACUAUCUGAAGUGCUUAGACUUAGAACUAAAAUAUAGCUAAAUAGACUCUUCAACCUUGGUGUAGCUUUGUGGAGCAAUUUAAAAAUGCAAGCAUUUGCUAGUACUUAAAUUAGAUCUGGCGCUAAAUAAUCUAUGCAAAUCUGGAUUAAGCAAAUCUUUUAAAUAUUUUGGAAUGUAUACUGAGCUUUAAAUAUUGAGUCUUUCCUUUAGAUCAAACAGAAUACUUUCUGAAGGAAUGCAAUAAUUAGCUUAAAAUUUGGAAAAACUACUAUAUUUAAGAAGCCUCAAUAUAAACUUUAGUGAAUGCGGAAUUAACAAUGGAAUUGAUAAAAUAGGAUAUUAUUUAUAAAAUUGUAAAUAAAUUUCUCAUCUACAACUUAGUUUUAGAUAUAACAAUUUAAGAUCAGAAGACUGUGUUACUUUAAUGAAAUACAUCAAUAAUAUUUAAAGUAUAGUGAAUUUGUCUUUAGAUUAUCAAGAUUGUUAGUUAAAUAGCAAAGAUUUAAUUGAUUUUGUAAUGCUAGUUAAAAACUAAAAAUAGCUAACAGAGCUUGACCUGAAUUUGAGAUAAAAUAAUAUUGGCUGCGAGACUGCUCAAAUAAUAAUAAAUGAACUCUCUUAGUAGAAAUACCUAAAAUCUCUAUCACUUGACAUUUAAUAGAAUAGAAUUUAAAAUACCACUUUAGAAAAGAUAAGAAGAAUGAUUAAAUUUUCCUCCUUGAUUAAAAUGAGUUUUGGAAUUAAGUAAAAAGAUUGCCAUUCUAAUGUUUUAAACAAGUUCUACUCUGCUAUUAGAAAAAAUAUUCGUCUAGUUAACUUUCAUGUAAUAAACUGA